UGUGCCGAGCUGCUCCCUGCGGGAUCAGAGCGCUCCCCCGCCGGGACCCUUCUCUCACAUCCCCCUGCUGGGACGCGGCUACAUUUCCAGCCAAGCACUGCCUGCCUUGGCUUUAUUAUGUGUGUCUGCGCCGCAGCCCCGCCAGCAGAGGCAGGCAGAGGAGGAGGAGGGAGACUGGUAGCCAGAGUCAGGACAAAGAAAAAGCAGGGAGACAGAGGCUAGCGAAUAUCUGGCUCUUAUUAACACCACAGGGCACAGGGCUUUGGGAAAUAAUAACACGUUCGUUGUCAAAUUCCUCAGGCAAGGGGGGUGGAGACGCGCCAUGUCCGUGCCACCCGAGCACUGCUAGUCGAGGGACGGAGCCCGCGCGACGAUUUCCCGGAGGGCAAAGACUAACUAAACUACAUAGAAACAGACACUAGUUCACAUUAGUAAGGGAACAUAUUCCUUCAGAGUGUCGCGUUUAGCCCAAAUGCAUUUAUUCUACAGGUUGCUUCCUCUUCGUAUAGCUUGAGCUAACACCUCACGCUAGGUGCUGCCGACUCCACGCUCUUUGGGUUCGGUGUCGCCGGACCCACGCGGUGAUUUUCUUAGCCCCCGAGACGCCGACUCGUGCGAGCGAAGGUGCCGCAUUGCAACAGGCGAAGAAGCCGGGGCCGAGUGGAGGUGGAGGAGGGCGGUUUAACCUCGGCUGUGCCCGCCUGCACGGUGAGCUGAAAACACGGAACGGAGCACAAAAAGGAAAGAAAAUUGCAACAACAGACGAUUUCAAUCGAGAGAAGAAAUGUCCAGACGGAAACAGGCCAAGCCGCGUUCGGUUAAAGCAGUGGAAGAAGGUGAAUCUUCAGAGUGUGGAGGAACCUGGGAUGAAUCAACUCUCCAGACAGACUCAACAACAGUCAAAGCACUUGAGUCCAAGGACGAACGCGGGGCUGUUCCUGAGGAUAGGGAACAAGAAGAGCCCGGUGAACAUGACGACGAGCUCGACGAUGACUCCAUAUUCACCUGUGACAACUGUCAGCAAGACUUUGAAUGUUUGGCGGAACUAACAGAACAUAGAACGAACCACUGUCCAGCAGACGGCGAUGAUGACCCAGCGGGGCUGUCCUGGGUGCCGUCCUCGCCCUCCAGCAAAGACGUGGCAUCACCUUCACAGAUGCCCGACGGAUGUUGCGACCUCGGCAUGGCUACAGGUGGCGAGGAGGAAGGCGGUGCCGGUCUGCCAUACCCGUGUCAAUUCUGCGACAAGUCCUUCAGUCGGCUGAGCUACCUGAAGCGCCACGAGCAGAUCCACAGUGACAAACUGCCUUUCAAGUGCACCUUUUGCAGCCGCCUCUUUAAACACAAGCGGAGCAGAGACCGCCACGUCAAACUCCACACAGGAGACAAGAAAUAUAGUUGCCAAGAGUGUGAGGCUGCAUUUUCCCGCUCUGACCAUCUAAAGAUCCAUCUCAAGACACACAGCUCCAGCAAACCAUUUAAGUGCAGCGUUUGCAAACGAGGCUUCUCAUCGACAUCAUCCUUGCAGAGCCACAUGCAGCAGGCACAUCGCAAGAACCGUGAGCAUGUAGCGCUGAGGAGCGAAAAGGACAGCGGCAAAAAGGGAGCGGUGGGAGAGGUAGACCUGGAGCAGGACCUUUACAUGUGCGACUACUGCGAAGAGACCUUCAGCCAAACCGACGAGCUGGAGAAACACGUCGUGACCCGUCACCCCCAGCUGUCUGACCGAGCAGACUUGCAAUGCAUCCACUGCCCUGAGAUAUUCCUGGACGAGGCCUCGCUCCUCACUCAUAUUGACACGCAACAUGCCAACCGCAAACACAAAUGUCCUGUUUGUUUAGAACAAUUCCCCUCUGUGGAGGAUGUCUACUGCCACCUUGACAGCCACCGCCAGCCUGACUCUUCCAAUCAUAGUGCCGCUAGCCCUGACCCUGCAUUAGGGAGUGUGGCCUCAAUGAGUUCGGCCACUCCGGACUCAAGUGCCAGCCUGGAGAGAGGAUCCACCCCCGACUCCACCCUGAAGCCCGGCCAAGGCAGUGAACGAGGCAGAAGAAGAGGCAACGACAGUGGGGAAGAGAUGGGGAUAAGCUUAGUGCAUCCGGGUGGAGGUGGAGGAGGAAACUGGGCUAAAGUGACAUACUCUUGUCCUUACUGCUCCAAGAGAGACUUCAAUAGCCUAGCAGUGUUAGAGAUCCAUUUAAAAACCAUCCACGCCGACAAACCACAGCAGAGCCACACUUGUCAGCUCUGCCUGGACACACUGCCGACGCUCUACAAUCUCAACGAACAUGUGCGCAAAGCUCACCGUUCCAGCGGAGGAGCCGCAAGCCCGGCAGCAGCGGCUUUUCCCCUUCUGCAGUUCACUAACGUGACAGCAUUCCAUUGUAACUACUGCCCUGAUAUGUUCGGAGACAUUAACUCGUUGCAAGAACACAUUAGAGUGUCUCACUGUCUGCCUAGUGGAAUUAUGGCAGGGUCCACCACAUUAGAGGGGAAUCACGCCUUCUUCUGCAACCAGUGCUCCAUGGGAUUCCUGACAGAGUCUUCAUUGACCGAACACAUUCAACAGACUCAUUGCACUUCAGCUGUGGGGAGCGGGGCAUCCUCUGGGGGAGCACUGGCUAAACUGGAAUCUCCUGUACUACAGUCUGCAUCCCAAUCAUUCAUGGAGGUUUACUCUUGCCCGUACUGCACCAACUCUCCAAUUUUUGGGUCACUCCUCAAGCUUACUAAGCAUAUAAAGGAAAACCACAAGAACAUUCCGUUGGCUAACAACAAGAGACAGGCAAAGGUAGCUGACCUUAGCCCCGCCUCCUCCGACGUGGAGAUCUCCUCCCCGAAACGCCACCGACUCGGAGGAGACUCCACACCUUCGGUAGGGAGCAACGGGGACUAUCCGUGCAACCAGUGUGAUAUGCGAUUUACCAGCUUUGAGGGCUUCCAAGCCCACCUGAAGUCACAUCUGGAGAUGCUUCUGAGGCGCCAGUCGUGUCCACAGUGUAACAAAGAGGACUUUGAAUCCCAGGAGGCCUUGCUGCAACACCUGACUGUGCACUACAUGACCACAUCCACUCAAUAUAUGUGUGAGAGCUGUGACAAACAGUUCUCCUCAGUGGAUGACUUGCAGAAACACUUGCUGGACAUGCACACCUUUGUGCUGUACCACUGUACACUCUGCCAGGAGGUCUUUGACUCCAAGGUCUCAAUACAGGUUCAUUUGGCAGUGAAGCACAGCAAUGAAAAGAAGCUAUUUCGCUGCACAGCCUGCGCAUGGGACUUCAGGAAGGAGACAGAACUUCAGCUCCACGUUAAGCAUAACCAUGUGGGCCAGAGGUCAGGCCUCCCAGGAGGGAUCGGUGCAGGUCUGAAGCCCAGGAAGUGCAUCUUCUGUGGCGAGACAUUUGGAACAGAAGUGGAGCUACAGUGUCACAUUACCACUCACAGCAAGAAGUUCACGUGUCGUUUCUGUGGCAAAUCCUUCCACGCCAUCUCACUGUUAGAAAGACACCUCAGGGAGAAACACUGCAUUUUCGAUGGGGGCAACAUCACCGGCAACGGAGGUGGCACGGGCAGCAGCGGCAGCCAGAAUGGCACCCCGAAUGGGCUGACUCAGUCAGUAAAGAGAGGAGGGAGCACAGGCGGUGGUGGUCCUGGUGCUGGCGAAAGGACGUCAGUGGCGACCGCAGAGCAGGCUGACCUUCAGAACAUGUUGUUGAAGAACAGCAACGCCAGUGGAGGAGGAGAAACGGCAAACAGUCACGAAGCCAGUGGGGGUGAGGAGGAGCUAGACAAUUCUGAGCCCAUGUACGCUUGCGACAUUUGUGGUGCAGCCUACACCAUGGAGUCCCUUCUUCAGAACCAUCGGCUGCGUGACCAUAACAUCCGACCAGGAGAAGAUGAUGCUGGCUCUCGGAAAAAGAAGGCCGACUUCAUUAAGGGGAACCACAAGUGCAACAUCUGUUCCAGAACUUUCUUCUCCGAGACCGGGCUUCGUGAACAUGCGCAGACGCACCGUGGACCCGCCAAGCAUUACAUGUGUCCAAUAUGUGGCGAACGAUUCCCCUCUCUGUUAACCCUUACAGAACACAAGGUGACCCACAGUAAGAGCCUGGACACAGGAACCUGUAGAAUCUGUAAGAUGCCCCUGCACAGUGAGGAGGAGUUUAUCGAGCACUGUCAGAUGCACCCCGACCUCCGAAACUCCCUUACGGGCUUCCGCUGCGUUGUCUGCAUGCAGACCGUUACUUCCACCCUAGAACUUAAGAUCCAUGGCACUUUCCACAUGCAGAAACUGUCCACUGGUUCCGCUCUUGGAGGAACUGGAGGGGGCUCUGGGAACGGCGGAGGGAACGGUUCAGCAUCUUCCUCUCCCAACGGGCAGCUGCAACAUCACAAGCUGUAUAAGUGCGCCUUCUGUCUAAAGGAGUUUAAAAACAAAGGAGAGCUGGUUAAGCUGGAUGUCAACGGCCUGCCUUAUGGACUUUGUGCCAGCUGCAUGAGCAGGGGUACUAACGGCCAGAGCCCCAACCAAGGAGGGGCUCUCACACCUGGAGACACACAGGGAGAGAAGCCUGUGACUGGGCUCAGGUGUCCUGAGUGCGGAGUGAAGUUUGAAAGCCUGGAAGACUUGGAGAACCAUGUCCAGACAGAUCACCCUGAUGUCAGCCCUGACACGAGUUUAGCGAGCAAGAAGCCUGAAGCUUCACCUGCGCCUAAGAAAAAGACCUACCAGUGUAUUAAGUGCCAAAUGACGUUUGAGACGGAACGAGAGAUCCAGAUUCAUGUUGCAAAUCACAUGAUCGAAGAGCCCACCUGUCGGCAAGAGGAGGGCAUCAAUCACGAGUGCAAGCUGUGUAACCAGAUGUUUGAUUCACCUGCCAAGCUGCUCUGCCACCUGAUAGAACACAGUUUUGAAGGCAUGGGAGGUACCUUCAAGUGUCCCGUCUGUUUCACAGUAUUUGUACAGGCCAACAAGUUGCAGCAGCACAUCUUUGCGGUCCACGGUCAAGAAGACAAGAUUUAUGACUGUUCGCAGUGUCCUCAGAAGUUCUUCUUUCAGACUGAACUGCAGAACCACACACUGAGUCAGCACGCGCAGUGAGACCGAGAACCGGCAGGAUCUCCGGGCUCAGUCGGGGCCCCCGACCCGGAGCCGGCGGGGGAGCUACAUCUCCACAUCACAGCCAAUCAAAGUGUCAUUUGCCACUCACAUGUAAAAGUGUAACGAUCGCACCACUGGGUGUGGCUAUUAGCAGCAGCGGGGGAAAAGAAUAUUAAUGGGAUAUGCUAUUAAAUAAAGAAAGGCGAGCAGGAUGAAAGGGAGCAAGGAGUAGUCAAACAAGGUAUUAUUGUAUGUGCAGUAUUUUUAAUCGUCCCUGCCAAAUUCUGUUCUUAUGUCAUUAUUAUUAUUAUUAUUAUUAUUUUUUUUUUUGUAAGAAAAAACACACCUCUCUCAUUUUGGAUCAUUUUGAGUUAGUAUUCAAAUUCAUCUGUGCUCAUACGUAUUUCUUCUUUCUUUCAUACAUUUUUGGAUCGUUUGCUUUUUGUCUUUGAGUUCUCGCCGUGAGUAGGUACUCGUGCCGUGUACUUGUGACUGUCUGUCCUCCAGUUGUAAGUUUCCCUCCCAAAUCUCCUUUCUAUGAUUAUUGUUAUAUAUAUAUUUUCUUCCCUUUUUGUAAUUACUAUGAAAGAAAAAGGAAAAAUUAAAAUGCAGAAAACCUUGAAGAUGUUUCUUUUUUUAGUCUCUGUCGCCUCUAAAGGUUAUUGUAAAAAAAAUAAAAUAAAAUAAAAAAAUUUCAGUGCAUCUGGUCAAUGACUCCUUUUAAAAUGUGAAUUAACCAGAUGGCAAUAAUACAGCACAGACAAAAAUAAAUAAAUAAAAUAAAUAAAUAAAUAAAUACAUGACAAAUGAAGGCAAGAUGUGUGGAGUGACUUUAUUAUUUGUUAUUAUUGUAUCGUUGGGAAAUAUUCAGGUGGAUGAAAUGAAAUGAUGAUAACAUAAUUCUCACAAUCACACAAGAACAUUGGGGGUGUUCAAGCCAAAAUUUGCAAACUAAUGAUCUAUCAUUAGGAUUUGAAUGUAUAGGCAGGCUUACUUAUUUUUGCUUUACACUUUAAUAGAAUACAGUGGUACCUCUACAUACGAUCGCUUCGACACACGAAAUUUUCGACAUCCGACGUAAAAUUUGACUCGCCAUUUGUUUCUACAUCCGACGACAUGCUCGAAAUACGACGACAAUGGCAGCACCGCAGACGAAUGCACGGCGGAUUUUCUUGUGUGACAAAUCAACACAGGUUUCAGAAAAGGUUGGUACAGGUGGUGAAACAAGGAAAAAGUUGAUGCUUACCUUCGAAAUGAAGAUGCAAAUGACAGAAAAAUAUGAGCGUGGGGUGGGCAUCCGUGAAAUGGCUCAACAAUACAUCUCCACGGUCCUCCUCCGACCAUCGUUCGCCAGUCUUUAUAAAUUAAGCUGACAAUUCUUAUUGUCUCCAAAGAAAUCGCCAGCUUUCAUCAUUUCUUUCACAACUUAUUCAACACAAAAGGCAUGCUGUCUGCCGCAAUUGACGGUGUUCUCAAGAGAACAUUCAAACUGAAAGUGAAACUCAAACUCACCGGUCCGUCUCUGGCACAUGAGCCCCGCGGUGCGUUCAGGUACACAAAAAAACGUCCGCCUUAUUAGAACCCGAUUCGUUACACUAUUACAGGAAUUAUUA